AUGGCUCACUACAUCGCCGACAAGGCAACCAAGGAAGCAGUUGAUCGCGUGAUGGACCAAAUCCGUUCGAAGCAAACUCAGAACGCGAUGGCCUCGGUCAUGCUGGGAAUGUUUCAAGGCCCUACGGCUGACGACAAACGCAAAGAGCUGGAGACUAGGAUCAAGGCAGAACUGGGUCUGGGCGGCCUCGAGAGUCAUGACUCUAUGGAAGAGAGGGUGCAAGCCUAUGAGACGAAGGCUGAAGAACUGACCCAGCGAUUCGCAGCUGAGGACGCAAAGAAGAUGGUCGAGGCUUGCUUCGGCGUGCAGGACGAAGAGUGGGGAGACGAAGACUGA